AUGGGUCUUUACGAACUGUUCGAUAUGAUAAUAGCCAGUGGAGAAGUUGGAGUGGAAAAACCAAAUCCAGACAUCUUCGAGAUGGUCCUGAAACGCUACCACCUCUCCGACGCGUCGAAGAUGCUACAUAUUGGGGAUAAUGUCCAGAAGGACUACCGUGCGGCUAGGCAUUUCGGUGCCAGCGCCCUUCUUUUCGAUCCCCUUUCGCUGAACGCUGAAGUAGCAAGCACUGACAAAAUAACGUCUUUCACAGAGUUAAGGGUCGAGUAG